AUGAACGAGGAUACUGCGAUGGAUGAAAAACAGGUGAAAUUUUUACUCGGAGAACUCGAUCCGGAACUCGAGCGAGAAAAGGAAGAGGCGCGCGAGAUGGAGGAGAGACGGAAACGACGACGAGAGAUUGUGGAGACCAUGGGCGGUGGUAAUAUUAUUACUACGACUACUCGUAAAGAGGAUGUUCAUGAGAACUCGAACGAAGCGAAGAAGAGCAAACGGGACGGGAUGGUGGACGCGGGAGGAGCGAAGACGAUCCCGGAGAAGAAGAAAGAGAAGGAUAUGUUCGACUCGGACUCGGAGGAUAUGUUCGGCGAGAGCGACGAGGAGGAGAAUAUUACCACUACUACUACCACCGCUGCUGCGAAUACUGGGAAUACGAAAACGAUGACGACGACGAUGCACAAAGGCGCCGCCGCAGCGGGAGGAAACGAUAACAAUUCUCAAGCGUUAAAAGAUAACUGGGACGAUAUCGACGGGUAUUACCGCGCUAAACUCGGCGAGCAGUUAGACGACGGGCGAUACGAAGUCAUGGAAACGAAUUUCGGGAAAGGCGUUUUCAGCUCCGUUUUGAAAGCGAAAGAUUUGUCGAUGGAAUCUCAAAAUGGCGAGUCGUCGGCGUUUGUCGCGAUUAAAAUCAUUCGAAACAACGAAACCAUGAGAAAAGCCUCGAAAACGGAAAUUGCCAUUCUAAAGAAACUCUCCGAUCGAGACCCGGAGCGUAAAAAACACGUCGUUCAGUUCCAUCGCUCGUUCGAGUUCCGUGGCCACGUCUUUCUAGUGUUUGAAAAGCUCUCCAUGAACUUGCGCGAAGCGGCGAAGAAGUUUGGCAGAGACGUCGGCAUUUCCAUCUCCGCCGUUCGCGUGUACGCUCGACAGUUGUUUGUCGCUUUGAUGCAUUUACAAAAAUGUGGCAUCGUUCACGCGGAUAUUAAACCGGACAACGUUUUAGUGAACGACCAACUGAACGUGUUAAAGAUAUGCGAUUUCGGCUCGGCGUUAUUCAACGCGGACAACGAGUUGACGCCGUAUUUAGCCAGUCGAUUUUAUCGAGCGCCAGAGGUGGUUUUAGGUUUACCGUACUCCUUUCCGAUCGAUUUAUGGGCCGUCGGGUGUUGCCUGUACGAAUUAUACGUCGGCAAGAUUUGUUUUCCGGGUAAAAGCAACAACGAAAUGUUGAAGUAUUUCGUGGAAAUGAAAGGCGCGGUGCCGAAGAAAGUUUUAAGAAAAGCCGCGUUCAAGGAGAAACAUUUCGACCGAGACGAGAAUUUACGGAUCGCAGAAGUCGACAAAGUCACCGGAAAAACCAUGUUUCGCGUCUUCGACAACAACACCUUAUCGGCGAACAAAACCGGUCAUUUAGAAUCGAUGCUCAACGCGGUGUGCGUGGAACACGGCGGCGACGAUUUCGAGAGGAAAAAAGUGAGACAGUUGAGCGAUUUAUUGGAGAAGAUUUUCAUUUUAGAUCCCGAACGAAGAAUAACCGCCGGCGAGUGUUUGCAGCACCCGUUUAUAAUUGAUACGAGUAAAUGA